AGCGGCCGGCUGGAAAGGGAACCCGGGAGCCGCGCAGGACCCAGGCGUCCCCGCACUGAGGGGCCCCCGCCCCGGCGCCCUCCCGCCCCCGCCAGCCCCCCCGCCGCCCCUCCACCCCGCCCGACCCCGCGCGGACAGAGGCCGGUCCUCGACGGCUGCUGGAAGGUGCCAGCCCUCCCCGGAUGGGCAUCGUGGAGCCGGACUGCGGAGACAUGCUGACGGGCACCGAGCCGAUGCCGGCGAGCGACGAGGGCCGGGCGCCGGGCGCCGACCCGCACAACCGCUACUUCUACCCGGAGCCCGGCGCGCAGGACGACCGUCGCGGGGCCGCGGGCCUGGGGGCGCCCUACACCGGGGGCGCCCUGGUGCCCGCCGCGCCCGGCCGCUUCCUCGGAGCCUACAGCUACCCGCCGCGGCCACAGGCGGCCGGCUUCCCCGGCCCGGCCGAGCCCUUCCCGCCCGCCGCGGGCGCCGAGGGCUACCCGGCCGCCGACAGCUUCGCCGCCCCCGACCCGCGGGCCGGGCUCUACGCGGGGCCGCGCGAGGACUACGCGCUGCCCGCCGGGCUCGAGGUGUCGGGGAAGCUGAGAGUCGCGCUCAACAACCACCUGUUGUGGUCCAAGUUCAACCAGCACCAGACGGAGAUGAUCAUCACCAAGCAGGGCCGGCGGAUGUUCCCAUUCCUGUCAUUUACUGUGGCCGGACUGGAGCCCACCAGCCACUACCGGAUGUUCGUGGACGUGGUUUUGGUGGACCAGCACCACUGGCGCUAUCAGAGUGGCAAGUGGGUUCAGUGUGGCAAGGCGGAGGGCAGCAUGCCAGGAAACCGCCUGUACGUCCACCCAGACUCCCCUAACACUGGAGCCCACUGGAUGCGCCAGGAAGUUUCAUUCGGGAAACUGAAGCUCACCAAUAACAAAGGGGCCUCCAACAAUGUGACCCAGAUGAUUGUGCUGCAGUCUCUUCACAAGUACCAGCCUCGGCUGCACAUUGUUGAGGUGAAUGACAACGAGCCAGAGGUGGCCUGCAAUGCCUCCAACGCACAUAUCUUCACUUUCCAAGAAACCCAGUUCAUUGCUGUGACCGCCUACCAGAAUGCCGAGAUCACACAGCUGAAAAUUGAUAAUAACCCUUUUGCCAAAGGAUUCCGGGAGAACUUUGAGUCCAUGUAUGCAUCUGUUGACACCAGUGUCCCUUCCCCUCCUGGACCCAACUGCCAGUUUCUUGGGGGAGAUCACUACUCCCCUCUGCUUCCCAACCAGUAUUCCGUGCCCAGCCGUUUCUACCCAGACCUUCCUGCCCAGGCCAAGGAUGUGGUACCCCAGUCUUACUGGCUGGGAACCCCCCGGGACCACAGCUAUGAGGCCGAGUUCCGAGCAGUCAGCAUGAAGCCUGCAUUCCUGCCCUCUACUCCUGGGCCCACCAUGUCCUAUUACAGAGGCCAGGAGGUCCUGGCACCUGGAGCUAGCUGGCCGAUGGCCCCGCAAUAUCCUCCCAAGAUGAGCCCAGCCAGCUGGUUCCGCCCCAUGCGGACUCUGCCCAUGGAACCUGGCCCUGGAGUUCCCGAGGGGCGGGGGCCAGAGGACCAGGGCCCCCACUCAGUGUGGACUGAGAUCACCCCUCUUCGGUCAGAGUCCAGCGACUCAGGACUGGGCGAAGGAGACUCUAAGAGGAGACGUGUGUCUCCCUACCCUUCCAGUGGUGACAGCUCCUCCCCUGCUGGGGCCCCAUCUCCUUUUGAUAAGGAAGCUGAAGGCCAGUUUUAUAACUACUUUCCCAACUGAGCAAACAGGAAAGGAGCAUAAGAGGUUGGAAGACACCAAUGAACUGAGCCGGCAGACUCAGGACUCAGGCCUUAGGACUCCAGCUCCCUCUGUCCCUUCUCCUUUGGUCAUUGGUUGGAGAUGAGGCGGGGCAAGAAGGAAUCUGCUGCUUCCUGGCCCACAGAGAAAGCUGGUGGGAGCAUCCCCACCCCUUCUUGUACCCUGACUACAGUCAUUUAUUUACCUGGUGCUGCUUCUGGCUGUGGACUCCCAGCUGGAGAAGAGAAAGGAAAAUGAGAAAGGGAUUGGACACAAGGAGCUUCCUUCCUUCUGGGAGUGGACUGUGGGGAGUCAGGUGGGGAAGGCCUGGCCUGAGACUCAGCUCUCUUCCUUUGUAGAGUAACUUUUUGUUUGUGUGUGUGUGUUCAUCUCUCAGCUAAAAAUAAAGAUACAUGAAUUUCUAAAUAAGCCAGCCGGGGACUGGGAGAGGAUUCCGAUGACUUUGGUCCUCAACCUGGGCCUCAGCCUUCCAGAGACAGUGGGUCCUGGGGAAGGGACUUGGAAUGAGACAUCACUAUACCUCAAGAAGUGAUGUCUUGCCAGGGGGUGGUCAUGUAUUUGUGCCCGCUGUUUUACUUUUUUUUUUUUUUUUUUGGAACAAGGGAAGCUAUUUAUUGUACAGAGAGUGGUGUCUGGAUAUAUUUCCUUUGUCUCCAUCACUUUCUGGAAAUAAAACAUGGAACUGUGAAGUGUGUCCUGCUUUGGUGUUUGCAGGGGGAAAUCAGUGGAGUUCUCAGGGUACCAGAACUGUCCUUUUGGCUCUCAAACAGCCUGUGCCACCUAGAAAUGCCAUGUGGCUUCUAGGUGACAAGUGAAAGCAAGGCUGCUUGUCCCAUCUGCAGCACUCAGGCUGGUGGUGGAGGGGU